CGCGGGGGAGCUCGGAGGCGCCAGGCCCCCGGGGAAGGGCGGCCGGGGAGGCAGGCCCCGGAGAGACCCGUCGGGUUGGACUUGGGGGCGGAGGGGGCGCCUGGCCACGGACCUCGUUUUUCAGACGCCCCCCCAGCCCCGGCCGCUGACGGGGGGCUGAGGGGCGCCGCCAUGCCUCUGCCGCGGUGACGCGCGGGGCCGUGGAGGAGAACCCGGAGUGGAACCGUGACGAGAACCGCAAGGAAAACGGGGAGAGGAACCGUGAGGAGAGCCGUGAGGAGCCGCUCGGUCUCCCCGGGGAUGUCCCUCAGGCGGCCGGCGAAAGCGACUCACUCGAGCCCUGGGGUAUAGGCCUAGCUUAUCCAGCUUCCUUCCUCCUCCUCCUCUUCCUCCCCUCCCCCUCCUCCUCCCCUCGUCGUCCUCCCCUCCGCGUCUCUUCCCUCACCCUUCCCCGCGCCCCCAUCUUCCCUCCCUCCCUCCCCUCCAGCAGCGAUGGCAGAGGAACAACAACAGCCGCCACCACAGCAGCCCGAUGCCCAUCAGCAGUUUCCCCUCAGCGCCCCCAACCCCGGGGUGGCUCUGCCAGCUCUUGUGCCCGGGCUGCCAGGGACCGAGGCCAGCGCUCUGCAACACAAGAUCAAGAACUCCAUCUGCAAAACUGUACAAUCUAAAGUGGACUGCAUUUUGCAAGAAGUUGAGAAGUUUACAGACCUAGAGAAACUCUACCUCUACCUUCAGCUGCCUUCUGGUCUCAGCAGUGCAGAGAAAAGUGAUCAGAAUGCCAUGUCAUCUAGUCGGGCACAGCAGAUGCAUGCCUUUUCCUGGAUUCGGAAUACCUUAGAGGAGCAUCCUGAGACUUCACUUCCCAAACAAGAAGUCUAUGAUGAAUACAAGAGCUAUUGUGACAAUCUUGGCUACCAUCCAUUAAGUGCUGCUGACUUCGGAAAAAUCAUGAAAAACGUAUUUCCAAACAUGAAGGCACGCCGUUUGGGCACUAGAGGCAAAUCUAAAUAUUGCUACAGUGGACUAAGGAAAAAAGCUUUUGUUCAUAUGCCAACACUGCCCAACCUCGACUUUCAUAAAACUGGAGAUGGGUUGGAAGGAGUUGAACCAUCUGGGCAGCUUCAAAAUAUUGAUGAGGAAGUUAUCUCUUCUGCUUGCCGUCUUGUGUGUGAGUGGGCCCAGAAAGUGUUAAGCCAGCCAUUUGACACAGUCUUGGAAUUAGCCCACUUCCUUGUUAAGAGUCAUUAUAUAGGCACCAAGUCAAUGGCAGCUCUGACUGUGAUGGCAGCAGCACCAGCAGGACUUAAAGGAAUUCCCCAGCCUUCUGCUUUUGUACCUACAGCUGAAAGUAAUUCUUUUCAACCUCAAGUAAAGACUUUGCCAUCUCCAAUUGAUGCUAAGCAACAGUUGCAACGGAAAAUUCAAAAAAAGCAGCAAGAACAGAAACUACAAUCCCCAUUGCCAGGAGAAUCCUCAGCAAAAAAAACAGAAGGCACUACAGCCAAUGGAGUGGCUAAUCUACCCAAUGGAAACCCUGCGAUCCUUUCUCCCCAGCCCAUUGGGAUUGUGGUGGCAGCAGUCCCUAGUCCCAUUCCGGUCCAGCGGACCAGGCAGUUAGUAACUUCACCGAGUCCCAUGAGUUCUCCUGAUGGCAAGGUUCUUCCCCUCAAUGUGCAGGUGGUCACUCAGCACAUGCAGUCUGUGAAACAGACACCAAAGACUCCUCAGAACGUUCCAGCCAGUCCUGGUGGGGACCGUUCUGCCCGGCACCGCUACCCUCAGAUCUUACCCAAACCAGCAAACACCAGUGCACUCACCAUCCGCUCUCCUACAACUGUGCUCUUUACCAGCAGUCCCAUCAAGACUGCCGUUGUACCUGCAUCACACGUGAGCUCUCUGAAUGUGGUGAAAAUGACAACAAUAUCCCUCACGCCCAGUAACAGUAAUGCCCCUCCUAAACAUUCUGCCUCAGUCAGCAGUGCUACUGGAACAACAGAGGAAUCAAGGAGCAUUCCUCAGAUCAAGAAUGGUUCUGUUGUUUCCCUUCAGUCUCCUGGGUCUAGGGCCAGCAGCACUGGGGGAACUUCCGGUGUGGAAGUCAAAAUGGAACCAGAAGGUUCAUCAGAUGAGCAUCCUCUACAGUGCCAAGAGAACUCUGAGGGGACUAAAGCUCCCCUAACAACACCUAGUGCCCUUUGGGGGCAGAAAAGUAAUACAGAUGGAGCAGUAUCCAAACCUUCCAAUGAAGGUGUCGUUGAAGUAAAAGCAACUAAGGUCUGUGACCAGAGGACCAAAUGUAAAAGUCGCUGUAAUGAAAUUCUGCCAGCCAUCUCAGCAGGCAAUAAUCAAAGCACUGUUACUCUCUCGGUUGCUACUCAGAACUUACCUUUCACCAGCACCAGCUCACCAUCAAAUGGUGACUCAGUAAAUAAAGACCCUAAAUUAUGCACUAAAAGUCCAAGAAAACGACUGUCUGCUACACUGCAAGAGUCUCAGGUGCCUCCUGUAAAGAAACCAAUUGUGGAGCAGCUUUCUGCAGCUACCAUAGAAGGUCAGAAACCAGGCACUGUUAAGAAGGACCAAAAGGCUCCACAUUCAGGGACAACAGAAAGCUCAACAGCAGGUGCUCAGAUUCCUAACAAGGUGUCAAUCAGUGUCAAUUCGCACAUCAUAGAGGAUGAGCCCUUGAACCCUACUCUUGUAGCCAGUGAAUCAGUUCUGGAGCAGCAAACAACGCCAUCAUCGUCUCCAGAUGUAAAAGUAAAACUUGAAGGGACUGUCUUUCUCUUGGACUGUGAGACAAAAUCAGAUGGCAGCUUUAAUCCUAACGAAUGGCAGCAAGUUACUAAGGGUCCUGACCUCAUAGCUGCCAGCUGUGAACAGCAAGAUAUUAGUGUUAUGACUGUUCCCGAACAUUCUGAUAUCCAUGAUCUAGAGAGAUCUGUUUGGGAAUUAGAAGGGAUACCACAGGACACAUACAGCCAGCAGCUACAUAGCCGGAUUCCAGAAUCUUCUUUGAAUCAAAUACAAGCACAGUCUUCAGAUCAGUUACCAUUGCAGUCCGAACUGAAAGAGUUUGAAUCUUCUGUUUCCCAGACAAAUGAAAGCUACUUUCCUUUUGAUGAUGAACUUACACAAGAUAGCAUUGUGGAAGAGCUGGUGCUUAUGGAGCAGCAGAUGUCAAUGAAUAAUUCACAUUCUUAUGGUAACUGCUUGGGAAUGACCCUUCAGAGUCAGUCAGUAACUCCAGGAGCUCCAAUGUCAUCUCAUGCUUCCAGCACCCACUUCUAUCAUCCAAUCCAUAGCAAUGGCACUCCAAUUCACACACCUACACCCACACCCACUCCUACACCAACCCCAACACCAACGCCAACUCCCACAUCUGAAAUGAUUGCUGGGUCUCAGAGUCUAUCACGGGAGAGCCCGUGUUCCAGGCUUGCCCAGACAACACCUGUGGAUAGUGCUUUAGGAAGUAGCCGACACACACCCAUUGGUACUCCUCAUUCUAAUUGCAGCAGUAGUGUCCCUCCAAGCCCUGUUGAAUGCAGGAAUCCAUUUGCAUUCACCCCAAUAAGCUCCAGUAUGGCUUAUCACGAUGCCAGCAUUGUCUCCAGCAGUCCUGUGAAGCCAAUGCAGAGACCCAUGGCCACGCACCCUGAUAAAACCAAGCUUGAGUGGAUGAAUAAUGGUUAUAGUGGGGUUGGUAGUUCAUCAGUUUCUGGCCAUGGCAUUCUCCCAAGCUAUCAGGAACUAGUAGAAGAUCGUUUCAGGAAACCCCAUGCCUUUGCUGUGCCCGGACAGUCCUAUCAGUCUCAGUCCAGACACCAUGACACUCACUUUGGUCGUUUGACUCCCGUCUCUCCUGUGCAGCAUCAAGGUGCCACUGUAAACACCAACAAGCAAGAAGGGUUUGCAGUCCCCGCUCCUCUUGAUAAUAAAGGGACUAAUUCAUCUGCCAGCAACAACUUCAGGUGCCGGAGUGUGAGCCCUGCUGUCCAUCGCCAACGGAAUCUUAGCGGAAGCACCCUCUAUCCUGUGUCUAAUAUCCCACGGUCUAAUGUAACCCCCUUUGGAAGUCCAGUAACCCCAGAAGUUCAUGUUUUCACAAAUGUUCACACAGAUGCAUGUGCCAACAACAUAGCUCAAAGAAGUCAGUCAGUCCCCUUGACAGUCAUGAUGCAGACAGCUUUCCCAAACGCUCUGCAAAAGCAAACAAACAGUAAAAAAAUCACUAACGUUUUGUUGAGCAAACUCGAUUCUGACAAUGAUGAUGCAGUGAGAGGUUUGGGAAUGAACAACAUGCCCUCCAAUUACACAGCCCGGAUGAAUCUCACUCAAAUUUUGGAAACUUCCCCUGUUUUUCCUAGUGCCAAUUCACAAAAUAUGAUCGAUUCCAGCACUUCAGUUUAUGAGUUCCAAACACCAUCUUACCUCACCAAAAGUAAUAGCACCGAUCAGAUCAGUUUUUCUCCUGGAGAUAAUCAAGCACAAUCUGAAAUUGGAGAACAGCAAUUAGAUUUUAAUAGCACUGUUAAAGACCUGUUGAGUGGAGACAACCUGCAAACCAGCCAGCCCCUGGGAGGUCAGGUCGCAUCUGAUCUCACCAACACUGCAUCUGAUUUCCCUAGUGACAUCAGGUUGUCUUCUGACCUCUCAGGCAGCAUCAAUGAUUUGAACACCUUAGACCCAAAUCUACUGUUUGAUCCAGGUCGUCAGCAGGGACAGGAUGAUGAAGCCACACUGGAAGAAUUAAAGAAUGACCCACUGUUUCAACAGAUUUGCAGUGAGUCAAUGAACUCUAUGACUUCAUCAGGUUUUGAAUGGAUAGAAAGCAAGGACCAUCCUACUGUUGAAAUGUUGGGAUAAAUUGUGUUUUAUAAUAUGUAGCACACUGUAUCUAAAGACAUAUGUAUUGUAUUUGUCUUAAUGGAAGUGCCUCCCGCAGCAGAAACACUAUUAAUUGUGACAUUUUAAAAGCGUUUGCUGCAGAAGUGGUUUCUUCUUCAAUAGGAAAUGGUUAGACUUGCCUCAGUUCUGGACAGGUUUCUGAAGACAGUAGGCUGUAGAGCAAGUAUUAGGUUUUAAAUUUUAUAAUGUUCCCCCAUUUAAUUUGCUAGUAAAGAAUCCAGCUUUUUACAAGAGCAGUCUGGGUCUUUAUUUUGUAUAAGUUUAUUUUAAUUCGUCAGUUGAUCUACAUAGAAACCAUCCAUUUUUAGUCAUAGGCUGUUUUAUUGUUGGCAUUAUCUUUUAGGUAUGAAAUCAUAGCUAAGGUAUACUGUAGGCAAGAGAGUCUUCCUUAAAACAGGGAUAAUAUUCAGGUUAUUAUAAAUAUUUAAGCUUGAAACAUGAAGCUACUGUAGGAUGAGAAAUCUCUGUAGGACUUUCUGGGGCUUUGUUCCAUUUACUCCCACAAUGAAGGGCUGAUGUAGGAGAAAACAAUGGAAAGCAAAUGUUAAUUUAAGGGAAGUAAAAGCUGCACUAAAAAUUUUAAGAGGAAAACUAGUAGCCAUUUAUUUGUGACAUUGCAUUAGUCCAGUUUAAAAGGUGACUUUUAAAAUGGAGCUCUCUAGCUCGCACACUUUGUUUCUCCCUCUCUUCCUGUCCCUCUUGAUCCCCCUCUCCUUCCUACUCCGAUUUCUCCCGUCCCUAUUUCUUCUUCCCUCCCCUCCCCAUCACUUACACAUACAGAGAGAGAGAGAGACAUACACUAGACAUUGAAAUUUAAUAGCAGAAAUACAAGCAUGUUAGAAAAAUGUCUUGUUUUAUUAUUUGCUUGUUGAGAUUGGAGUGUUAGAAGGAAAAUAGAGACUUUUUCUUAGUUUCCUCACCACAGCUCUGUGUACAUGCUGAAGCUACUAAAGAAUUCUUUUUAAUGCUUUUCGCCAUGGUAUCCUUUAGUAAUCAGCUUUUCCCUCAGUUUGCUCAUCCUUUGCUUCUCUGAAUGUAGUGAUGCAGUUUGAUCAUGGAUCCUUUGCAAAACACCAAGCAGGAAAGAUAAUAUUAAGAGCCCAGCGAAAAAUCGUUUCCUCAUGUGAGGUGUGGAGCCUCAGAUCUUUGUUCUCUGAUAAAGCAAAGGGGUGAUGAUAGUACUUGAAGAGGAGGACCGUUUUAUUACUUGUUUAAUUAUUUAUUGUGGACACAGCUGCAAAAGAAGCAAAGCACUCAGGAUUUGUUUUAAAGUGUUUCUCUGUGGCUCCUGUUUUGGUUUAUGAAUAGUAUUUAUGAAUUUCAUGUUAACAAAACUAGUGGGCAGCUUCAUUUAAGUGAGUUUCAAGGUAAUUUUCAGAGAGAUAUUAAAGUUAACCAUAAGUUCUUAAAAGCUAACAUGAAACCAUUCACUAUACUCUCCUGAACCUAGCCAAGCUUUUCUUUACCUUAAUUCAAAAAUAAAUCAGAAGACCGCAAUCCAAAUAUUUAACAAAUAUGAUGGAAGGGUUAAUUCAAUAAGGGUCCAUUGUUCAACAGAUUUGAAAAGUAGGGUAUUAACAUAUUCUAAUAAAUCAAUGGUGCUAGAGUUGGCUCAGAGGUUUAUCUAUGGAUGUGUUGUAGUUACUGGCAUAUGUGUGUGUUUGCUGUUAAUUUGAUUUAAUGAUUUGUUAGAUUUUUUUUGAUACUAGUUACUUCUUCACUGUACAUUGAGAUACAGCACUACUGCACACCAAAGUAUGUAAUACCCAAAGGAAACUGUGUGAUUUCUUCUGACAAAUGACGGGAGCCUUUCUCAGUGAGAUACUCUGAAAAGGAGACUUUGAGGCCAUUCUAAUCCCUGUUUACAUGUUAGCUUCCUACUAAUGAAAAAAUAAUGGAAAUCUUUUUUGAUAAAAAAAAAAGUAUAGAAACUGGAGGAUUUUUAAACCCCCCCCCCAUGUACAGUAUUGCAGCAAACUCUUUAAAUUUGGCUGAAUUCGUCCAGCAAACUUUUUGGGGUUCAUAUAUUGCACUAAAUUUGUUGAACCUGUGGUAGGCACAUCUCUUAGGAUAAAUGCAACCAGUACAGUCCACAGAUUAAAAUUUUUAAAUGUGUUUCAUUAUGAAAAGACAAAAUAUCAUCAAAGUGACAGAUGAAAUUGUCUUAUGUAGCAAUGUGCACUGAUCUCAAUGAGAUAUUUCUAUUUCUUAUUCUCUUACACGAGAAUAUUCCAGCAGGAAGAAUUAAGUUUAGUUUGCUUCACCAUGUUAAUACAUGAUCACAAAAUGUGCAUGAGUGUUCUUGACUUAUCUUGUACAGUACUAGGUAAUCCUGUAACCACUUUUUUUCCCCUCUUGGCUGUAUUGAAACUGGCUCUGUGUUAACCAGGUGAGCAUAGUUAUUCACAGGUUAUUUUGCUUUUUUAAUGUUUACUAAUUCUGCUUAGUUGUUGAAUAUGUUCUUUUCUUGGGAUUUUUUCAUUGUUUUGAUGUUUAAAACAUUUUGCAUACUGUUUUAUCAUGAUAAGACUUCAUGAAGUAAAUACUUUUGCAUAUAAUUGCAAUAAGCACUGACUUUUGAACUGAGCAAGAAGGAGCGUAUUUGUGCAGUGCAUCUGAGGUUCAGAUAACAGUCUUGUUCUACAGUGUGCUUACUACACCAGAGGUGACAAAAGCAAGCCCUGUUGUGUGUCUCAUUUAGUGCAGAGUCAGAUCCCGGUGCUUUGUUGUCUGUUGUACCUGCUGAGAUCACCGUAGUUGAACACCGCAGUAGCGUUUCAGUUCUCUUUUUUAUUCAAAGUGCUCAAAUUGUUUUUUAAAUGUUUUCAAAAACAAUUAAAAACAUUUUAUAUUAUA